AUGGUUGGCAGCGAUCGAGAUGAGCCAGCAAUUGGCGGGCGUGAAACUUCAUCAUCACCUGACGGGAAAGUGCCAGUUGAUGAUGCUGGUUCAAUGGCUACAUCACUGGAGGCUCUUGAAAACGAUUUUGAGGAAGUUCUAGCCGAGUUGGAAGGCGAUAAAAGCCUGGAGCGUUUUCGACUUGAGUAUGAAAAAUUACACCGCGCGCUGAAAAAGUCGAAUGUUCAGGAGAAGAAACUUAUUAAAAAAUGUCGUGAAUUAAAUUCCGAAAUCAUCAAUAAUGCAGCCAAGGUGCAGACAGCUCUAAAGCUUUCACAAGAGGAUCAGGUUUGCAUUAUUUCAUUGAAGAAGGAAAUGGAGAAGGCGUGGAAGAUGGUGGAUGCGUCCCAUGAAAAAGAGUUGCGCGCCAAAGAAAUGAUUCAGCAGCUAAAAGAUGAAAUUAUGAAUCUUGGUCGCCUUGUCGAGCAAGGCACUGGGCUAAAUGCCGGACAAGAAAGUAUGUUAAAAGAAAAUAUGCGCGCGAAGGAGGAAUUAAUGCGCGCAAAUGAGGAGUACGAAUCCAAUGCUCAGAAGGAUCAUGAACGAAUUCAAGAGCUUCAUCGUCGUUUGAGAGAUAUGGAAGCUCAAACAAUUACACAAAAAAGUGAUAUUCAAGCUUUGAAGGACCAGCUCGCGAUGAAGGCUGCAGAGCAGGAUCGUGAAGUACGACGCAAAGAGCGGCUUGAUAAAGAGGUUAAGGACGUUAAGAGUAAACUGGAGAAAUCGUCCUUCGAGCAAGCUCAAGGUGCGACAGAGCUUACACGUUUACAAACACAUGCUGGAGCACUUGAAAAACAGCUAAUUGAGACUCGUAGUACAAUGGACAAGUACAUUCGAGACUAUGAAGCACUAUUUGGGCGCACGCAGAAACUCACAGAUCUUCUCAACGAGCAGAGUGACAAGACAAUGCAGCUUGAAGUUGAGCGACGCAACUUGGAAAUUGAACUUAAGACCCAAUACGACGAAAUACAUCGAGUUAAACUUGAUAAAAGCACUGUGGAGCGCAAGCUGGACAAAGAAAAACGAGCAUUGCAACAAAUCGAAGAAAAGCUUAAGGGAGAACACGCUGCUAAGACCGUGCUGCAAUCUCAAAUCAAAAGCAUGCAACAAGAUCUUGAUCAGGACAGAAUUAAUGAAGACCAUGCACGUUCAGAAAUGGAGGCGUUGGAGCGAGAAAAAAGCAUGCAAAUCAAACAGACAGUGAAAGCAGAAAGCAAAGUUCGUCGCGCACAGGAUGAAAUCAAGACUAAUGAGCGCGUGGCUAAGAACUUGGAGCAAGAACUGGCUGGAUUUAAACUGGAAGCAACUAAGCAGCGCAAACUGAUUUAUCAGCUUGAGAAGGAGCGCGAAAAGUUUGGUAUGGAGGCAGCAGAACUGCGAAAUUUGUAUGUUCACGCUGAAGAACAAGUUAAGUUAAAGGAGAUGCGAAACCACGACUUGCAAAAGAAGGUCAACGAUGGUGAGAUGAAACUGAAGCAGCAGCAACAGCUAUACGAGGCUGUCCGCAGUGAACGCAAUUUGUACAGUAAGAAUCUUAUCGAGUCGCAAGAUGAAAUAGCCGAGAUGAAGCGCAAAUUCAAAAUUUUGACUCAUCAGAUCGAGCAGCUGAAGGAAGAGGUUUCUGCGAAAGAUGUCGCGCUAGUAAAGGAGCACUUCGAUUACCAGAAGGUGGAGAAGCAAAAAGAUCAGCACAAGAGCGAGGUUGCUCAUUUUCGAGCUCUUCAUGCUGCAAAUGAAGAGACGAUUAGCAAUCAGGAUUCAGAGGUCCGCAAGCUUAGUGUAUUGAUUCGGCGAAUGGAUGAUGAAGCGCUAGAACAGCGUAAAGAGUACGAUCAAGUUAUCAACGAACGUGACAUUCUUGGAACCCAGCUUAUUCGACGCAAUGACGAACUCGCGCUUUUGUAUGAAAAACUCAAAAUACAACAAUCCACCUUGAGCAAAGGUGAAGCCCAGUACCUGGAGCGUUUACAAGAUAUUCGCGUGUUAAAGUUGAAGGUCACAGACCUCAAGCGUGAGCUUUAUAUCGCCAAGCAUCAAGUGGGGCAGUCGGACGAACUCAAGCGAGAAGUGUAUCAUCUCCAGCGUGAGCUACUUCAGGAAAAGACAAAGGUAAAGGCGUUAUCGGAAGAGCUUGAAAACCCUAUGAAUGUGCAUCGGUGGCGCAAACUUGAAGGAAGUGACCCUGCCACAUACGAGUUGCUUCAGAAAAUUCAGACGCUACAAAAACGUCUCAUCCAGAAAACGGAAGAAGUUGUUGAGAAGGAGCUGGUAAACCAAGAGAAAGAAAACUUGUACCAAGAGCUGAAAGCAAUUCUAGCAAGACAACCAGGCCCUGAGGUUGCAGAACAGUUAAGUUGGUACCAACAGGUCGUUCGGGAUAAGGAGAAACAGCUGAAGAGUUUGCUGAGUGAGCAAAACAUGUUUCAAGCCAAGGAACACGAACACAAGUUUGAAAUUGAGCGUUUGGCACGCGAGUUGCAUGAAUUUAAACACAAGUUUUACAAAAGGAAGCUAGAGACAAAGAUAAAGGAUAAAGAGCCUGUCAUUUUGGUUCCUCGUAACCAGCAGCAGCACCAGCUUAUGCAACUACCAAACAUUCCACAUAAACACAGCAGCAAAGCCGGCCGAGCAAGUCCUGCCGAGCAACAGCGACAGCUUGCGAUUUCUGCAGUCACCCGCUUUGUUGGUGGAGGCUUCAGUCUUAAUAAUUAG